AUGGAGAUCUCGUCCGUUCUCGCAGGCGGGUACCACCACUCCCUCGCGCGCUCCUGGCAGGCUAAGCGGCAGCUCACCAAGUCCAUGUUCAUGUACCCCAUCUUCAUCACCGACGACCCCGACGCGCACGUCGAGAUCGCAUCGCUGCCCGGGCAGGCCCGCUGGGGCGUGAACAAGCUCGAGGGCUUCCUCGGCCCGCUCGUCAAGAAGGGCCUCCAGAGCGUCAUCCUGUUCGGCGUCCCGCUGAAGUGCAACAAGGAUGACCGCGGCACGCCCGCUGACGACCCCGACGGGCCCGUCAUCUCCGCGAUCCGCGUCCUGCGCAAGCUCUUCCCGGACCUCUACAUCGCCACGGACGUCUGCCUCUGCGAGUACACUUCGCACGGGCACUGCGGGCUCUUCCGGCCGGACAGUUCGGGCACGCUCCUCCCCGACGAGUCCGCUGCGCGCAUCGCGGAGGUCGCGCUCGCAUAUGCGCGGGCUGGUGCGCACUGCGUCGCGCCGAGCGACAUGAUGGACGGCCGCAUCCGCGCGAUCAAGCGUGCGCUGAUGGAGGGGGGCUACGCAAACCGGUGCACGCUCAUGUCCUACUCGGCGAAGUUCGCGAGUGCGCUAUAUGGGCCGUUCAGGGACGCUGCGGGCAGCGCGCCUGCGUUUGGGAACCGCAAGUGCUACCAGCUUCCGCCUCAAGGCAAGGGCCUUGCUCGUCGGGCCAUCCAACGCGACGUUGCCGAGGGCGCAGACAUCGUGAUGGUCAAACCCGCGCUGCCCUACCUCGACGUCAUCCAGGACGCAGCCCAGCUUGCGCCCGACCACCCGCUCGCGUGCUACCAGGUGAGCGGCGAGUACGCGAUGGUCGUCGCGGGCGCGAGGGCGGGCGUGUAUGACCUCAAGACGAUGGCGUUCGAGACGUCGGAGAGCUUCGUCCGCGCGGGGUGCACGCUCAUCCUGAGCUACUUCACGCCGCAGUUCCUCGACUGGCUGGAGGUGUAA